UAGAUUUUUGAUAACGAGGUAUCGUUGGCGACGCACUGCUGUGCCUGCAUAUAGUAAGAGAUUGGCAUUUGGUGUGAUAAGUAGUGAAUACAAUAUUUCAAACGGUUCAAGCGAGUUUAGCUAAAUAAUGAAAAACCAAAUUAUUUUUCUUAUUUGGAAUUGAAGAUUUUUUGUUUAUUAUAAGAUACAAUUAUGGUUUCGAUAACUUUAUCGAUUUUAGUUUCCAUGUUGUUGAUGAUUUCAGUGCCACGGUCGGGGCGUGCCCAAAUUGCAACAAUCGUCGACACAUCAAAAUGUUUUUUUCAAACCAACUACUACGAUUGUCUUGAUGCAGAUGAACAAUGUGCUUGGUGUACCGAUGAACUGUAUGAAAUGCGUAAAUAUCGUUGUAUGCACGAGGAAAAACUGUUGGCUUCGAACUGUAGUGCAUCGAAAAUUCUGACCAACGAUAAUUACCAGUUCAUCGAAACACUUCUUAACGAACCACACAGAGAUUUCGAUGAAAAAAUGCAAGCCAUUCAAAUAAGUCCACAAAAAGUAAGGUUUGUCCUCGGAAAGUUGGCUGCCAGAACGGUCACCGUUACGUAUAAGCCAGCGAAAAAUUAUCCACUUGACAUGUACUAUCUUAUGGAUUUAACCUGGUCUAUGCGAGACGACAAAGCAAAUCUGGAAAAAAUGGGCAGUGAAUUAGCUUUAGCUUUGGCAAACCUCACUGCUAAUUACAGGCUGGGCUUUGGAAGCUUUGCUGAUAAACCCGCUAUGCCAUUCAUACAAUCUGAACCGCACCGAUUGGCAAAUCCGUGCUAUUCAGAAAACGAACAAUGCGAGCCAACAUAUGGAUUUCGUCACCGUUUAAGAAUCUCAAGCGAUAUUGAUAGCUUUAUCGAGCAGGUGAAGCAGAGCAAUGUCACCGGUAACAUCGAUAACUUGGAGGCUGGACUUGAUGCGCUCAUGCAGGUACUGGUUUGCGAAAAGCAAAUCGGCUGGGGAUCGAACACACGGAAGAUAGUCGUCAUCGCGACCGAUAGCUUAUUGCACAUGGCGGGCGAUGGAUUGCUAGCAGGAAUCAUACGAGACAACGAUAAGCAAUGUCAUUUAUCCGACGAUGGGAACUUUGUUCAGGAGUUGCAGUAUGAUUACCCAUCGUUGGAACAGAUAUGGCGUGUUCUAGAAAAAACGAAAACGGCCGUGAUUUUUGCAGUAACAGACGAGAAGCAAACCUACUACAAACGUUUAAGUGCACUUGUUCCAGAGUUUACGAGUGUUGGUCAACUACAGGACGAUUCUUCCAACAUCAUUCAGUUAGUGAAGGAUGGGUAUCGUGAGUUUGUAAACCGAAUAAUGUUUACUGACGAUGCUCCUGAUUACAUUCAAUUAAAAUACUUGACCGAUUGCGGAGGAAUGUAUGAAACCCCUCAACCCAUUUAUCGUUGUAGUAACAUAGAAACUGGGAAGGAAUAUAAUAUUGAUGUUGAAGUGCGCCUUUUGGAUUACCCCAAGGACCCAUCGAUUUCAGAACUAACGAUUCACAUCGAAGAGAAGUUGAUUAGCAAUGAAGCAAUAGAAUUACAAAUUCAAUUAAGAUCCAACUGCACCAAACAUAAGAUGGUGGCAAGUGAGUUGUGUAACUAUCAAGGCGAUUUCGUUUGUGGUUUAUGCCAAUGCUAUACUGGAUGGAUUGGCAAAACCUGUGAGUGCAAUCUGCAGAAUUCCUUAAAUCGCAAAGAGCUGCUAAAGCAGUGUGUCGCGCCCAGCAGUAUGGACGAUCUAGGAGAUGAAAUAGCUUGCUCCGACCGCGGUGAAUGUUUGUGUGGACAAUGUUUCUGUGAAGCUCCUUUUGAUGGAGAGUAUUGUGAGUGUACUAGCUGCACAGAGCUGAAUGGCGUGUCCUGCGGAGGUCCAGAACGUGGUGUUUGUGUUUGCGGCAAAUGUAGCUGCUAUAAUUCGUGGAGCGGGGAUAACUGCGACUGCUCCACCGACACAAGCACGUGUAAAGCACCUUUGAGUGACGAAAUUUGCUCGGGCCACGGUACUUGCGACUGCGGUAUAUGUCACUGUAAUGAAUCAUUUCAUGGAAAUUAUUGUGAAACGAAGUACGGAGAGCAGUCUCCGAUGUGUUUGAGUUUCGAGGAAUGCGUUAGAUGCGUGGUACAAGAAAAGCAUGAUAAGCAAUGCGAGGACAAAGAAGCACGGUGUCGCCAAAAUGACUAUUUUUAUCAGGUGCACUUCUCGAGUAAUGUAGAUGAGUCACACCAAUGCGUGUUUAGAUACAAAGUUGACGAACGUGUUUGCGAUUACAAUUAUUCGUACGAGAGUAUCGGGAAAUAUCAAACGCUGAUCAAAAUACAAGAUGUACAAUGUAAGGGAGUAGUAUCAGCCGGAAUAUACGUGUCUUUUAUUGUAUUGCUCGUUUUUGUCGUUGGCGUUCUUGGUGUGUUAGCCUACCGACUGAAAACUUGGUAUGAAGACAAGGCCAUAUUUGCCAAAUUCGAAAAAGAGAGAGCACAGGAAACGGAAUAUCGUGAAUUAAGCCCAAUUUAUAGAUCUCCGAUCAGCAGUUUUCAAGUACCCCCAGAAAUGGAAACAACAGUACUAUAAUAAAAUAUCAUUUAAACACUACAUCACUAUAAUACGAUACCAUUAGAAAAUAUGAACACCAUUGCAUAGUUGUCGAAGUGGGUAUACUUAUAGCUAUAGCGCUCUGCGCUCAGCAACUUGAAACAAAUAUUACAAUAAAACGAAACACUAACUAUCUUCCUGAAUGACUCCGAAUCCAUUCAAUCCUUUCUAUCUUGACCCGCGGCAAACAUGUAAAAAUUAACAGACAUUUUCCAAUUAUGCAUCUCUUUUUAUCACUAUUUGCCAGGUAGCCGCGUCGAGUUUUUAGAAAAAUUGUUGAUACUUUUUUUUUGAAUAAUUAAAUAUAAAAUAAUUUAAAUGUAAAACUCGCUUUUUGAGGCAACAUAUCAGAAAAAGCAUAACUUUUUCAACUUAAAAAAUCUGUCAAAAAUCGAAAAGAAGAAAUUCAACAAAAUCUCGACGGCACUACCUGGAUAAACUUAUAAUCUAAUAAAAACAUAUUGAUUUGUAUAUUUCUGAUGACCCGGCACGUGGUUACGAUGGGUACCUCCAAAACUACAUUUUUGCAAACUCGCCUUUCUAUAUUGGAUGCCAUAAACGUAGUUUUUAAUAAAUCUUUCCCAAAAUAUAACCAAAUACUUUUGAAAAAUUGUAGUUUAAUAUGACAUAUUUUUUAAAAAAUAAAUUGGAAUGGUUUC